AUGAUGAAAUGGGAGAUCGCUCUCCUCCUCACGUGGCUGGUCCCGUCCCUGGCCACUUGCCCGGCCAUCCAUGUCAAAAAGCACGAGCAGACGUGCGACUCGUCCACGUGGGUUUGCCGGAUCAUGUGCUCCCAGGAUAUGCUGCCAGGCGCGAGGAAUGCAAAUUGGUGCGUGAAAAAACACUGUGCCAGUCCUACUCGCCGGCACCGACGCAUCGUGGAGGGCAUGAUGGCUGCCGGACGCGACUACUGUUCCAAGGACCUGUGCUUCAUCCAGGAGUCAGAGGCCACAGGCCUCUUGCAGAAACCUAGCCGGGGAAGCAAUCUCGUGACGACGCAGGUGAAUGCCACAGGUCACUGCCUCACGGAAAGCGACUGGGUCUUGGAGUACUAUACUUUCAUACUUCUUUUGGCGUUGGGACAUCCCGGGGAUGAUCGCUGCAUGUCUAAGUGUGUCGCUUGUGCGGAUGUCAUUGCAACAGCUUUGAGCGAGUACUGCGAUGCAUGCGCGGGGGGCGAAUACAAGACCACCACCGAGGAGCCGAGCACCACCACACCGAAACAGUACAAGACCACCACCACGGAGGAGCCGAGCACCACCACACCGAAGUAUUACAAGACCACCACCACCGAGGAGCCGACCACCACCACACCGAAGUAUUACAAGACCACCACCACCGAGGAGCCGACCACCACCACACCGAAGUAUUACAAGACCACCACCACCGAGGAGCCGACCACCACCACACCGAAGUAUUACAAGACCACUACCACCACCGAGGAGCCGACGACCACCACGGAAAAGACGACCACCACCGAGGAGCCGACCACCACCACUGAGGAGACAACCACCACCGAGGAGCCGACCACCACCACGGAGAAGACAACCACCACCGAGGAGCCGACCACCACCACACCGAAGUAUUACAAGACCACCACCACCGAGGAGCCGACCACCACCACACCGAAGUAUUACAAGACCACCACCACCGAGGAGCCGACCACCACCACACCGAAGUAUUACAAGACCACUACCACCACCGAGGAGCCGACGACCACCACGGAAAAGACGACCACCACCGAGGAGCCGACCACCACCACUGAGGAGACAACCACCACCGAGGAGCCGACCACCACCACGGAGAAGACAACCACCACCGAGGAGCCGACCACCACCACACCGAAGUAUUACAAGACCACCACCACCGAGGAGCCGACGACCACCACGGAAAAGCCGACCACCACCGAGGAGCCGACCACCACCACUGAGGAGACAACCACCACCGAGGAGCCGACCACCACCACACCGAAAUAUUACAAGACCACCACCACCGAGAAGCCGACCACCACCACCGAAAAGACGACCACCACCGAGGAGCCAUCCACCACCACACCGAAAUAUUACAAGACAACCACCACCGAGGAGCCAUCCACCACCACGCCGAAAUAUUACAAGACCACCACCACCGAAGAGCCGACCACCACCGUGAAGGACUACAAGACAACCACUCCCAAGAAGGACGAUGAUGAUGACUAUGACGACAACAAGGACGAUGAUGUUGGGAGUCGCCGCCGCAAGGAUGACGAUGUGGAUGGCGGGAGGCGUCGCCGCAAGGAUGACGAUGUGGAUGGCGGGAGUCGUCGCCGCAAGGACGAUGAUGCAGAUGGUGGAAGCCGUCGCCGCAAGGACGACGAUGUGGAUGGUGGAAGCCGUCGCCGCAAGGACGACGAUGUGGAUGGUGGAAGCCGUCGCCGCAAGGACGACGAUGUGGAUGGUGGAAGCCGUCGCCGCAAGGACGAUGAUGUGGAUGGCGGAAGCCGUCGCCGCAAGGACGAUGAUUUGGAUGGUGGAAGCCGUCGCCGCAAGGACGACGAUGUGGAUGGUGGAAGCCGUCGCCGCAAGGACGACGAUGUGGAUGGUGGAAGCCGUCGCCGCAAGGACGAUGAUGUGGAUGGUGGAAGCCGUCGCCGCAAGGACGAUGAUUUGGAUGGCGGGAGCCGUCGCCGCAAGGACGACGAUGUGGAUGGUGGAAGCCGUCGCCGCAAGGACGACGAUGUGGAUGGUGGAAGCCGUCGCCGCAAGGACGACGAUGUGGAUGGUGGAAGCCGUCGCCGCAAGGACGAUGAUGUGGAUGGUGGAAGCCGUCGCCGCAAGGACGACGAUGUGGAUGGCGGAAGCCGUCGCCGCAAGGACGACGAUGUGGAUGGCGGGAGCCGUCGCCGUAAGGAUGACGAUGUGGAUGGCGGGAGUCGUCGCCGCAAAGACGACACGGAUGUUUAUGUCAAGUAUCACUAG